CGCUCCACGCUAGUCUGCCUAGAGUCCUUCCUGUUUUUAGAUUUUUCGAGGAAGCAGCAGCAACAGGAUAGUCGCUAAACACAAAUGGAUUCAUCUCAGUGAUCUGUGGGAGGGGAGGACCCAUGCUGUCUGUUUUUGGUGCUACCACACCAGCCUUGUACAUAUUGUGGAUCACUAUGGCCCAGGUUGCUGGUCACGAGGACAGAGAGAAAACUACUGCCCUUAAAGAUUUGCUGUCAAGAAUUGACUUAGAUGAACUAAUGAAGAAAGAUGAACCUCCUUUCACUUUCCCCAAAACACUGGAAGAGUUUGGAUAUGCCUUCAAUGAAUAUGGUCAGCUCCGACAUAUAAAGACAGGGGAACCCUUUGUAUUCAAUGCCAGAGAAGAUCUCCAUCGCUGGAACCAGAAGCGCUAUGAAGCUCUUGGAGAGAUCAUCACUCAGUAUGUUUACGAGCUGUUGGAGAAAAAGUGCAACAUGGCUAAAGCAAUCCUGCCAGUGGAUGCUACAGAAGAUGAACCCACCAGUUUUAUAUACCUGAGCCCAGAUGCUUUGUCAAACCCAUCCAAGCUGCUGGUGCUGAUCCAGGGUAGUGGUGUGGUGCGGGCUGGUCAGUGGGCUCGUAGACUAAUCAUCAACCAGGACCUGGACUCAGGGACACAGAUUCCCUUCAUUAACAGAGCUAUGGAGGAGGGCUAUGGUGUUAUAGUUCUCAAUCCCAAUGAGAACUACUUGGAACUUGAAAAGCCAGCAAAGUCCUCUCCCCUUCCCUCUCCUACUGAGCCCUCAGAUGAACCCGCUGAAAAGAGGGAGCGCAAAGAAGAGGGCAAAAAGAAGAGAGAAUUUUAUGAGAAAUACCGUAACCCACAGAAAGAGAUGGAGACUGAACGCAUUCCCAUACGGGAAAAUGCUUCCUCUGAGGAACAUGUGCUCUACGUGUGGGACAACUUUGUGUCCAAAGCCGCAGCCAAGAACGUCUUCAUUAUGGCCCACAGUUAUGGAGGGUUGUCUUUUGUGGAACUGAUGAAUCAAAGGGAAACACAGGUGAGGAACAGAGUGUGUGCUGUAGCACUCAGUGACUCUGCUCACAACAUCUGGCUACAGGAGACCAGCAAAGGAACACAGGAUUGGAUGCAGCAGUACUGUUGUAACUGGGUAUCGAGUCCUGAACCCUUGGAUACACCCCUUGAUCCAAUGCUGCCAGACUGCCCCAGAGUUUCUGCAGGCACAGAGAGGCAUGAGUUGACAUCCUGGAUGAGUUUCAAUUCCAUCUUCAGGUUCUUCAGUGAGGUGCUGGAGGCAAGACAAGACGAGGAGGCGGAGGAGACCUCCAACACUGUCACCACACGUAGCAGUUCCCUCAAAAACAAACACCAAGAUUUGUAAAGAACCAUCAACACUGAUGUUGAACAGGAGGAUAUUUUUGAAGAGUGGUGCGGAACUAGGUGUGGAACUGAAGAAAGGGUCCUCUCUGCUGUCUUUUGUUUCCAUUUGGUAUCUUCCUCUGUAACCUCUCACCAGUUUUCUUUCCUCACUCUUUUACCUGAGUGUCAUUUCUCCCCUCAAACCCUUUCUGGCUUUGCACUCAAAGUCUCAUGCUAGAGACAAGAGUACAGGGUCACCAUGUAUACAUCACAAUAACUUUUUGCAUUACUUCUAGUUGAGUGCAACUGUCAAAGCAAUAUGGGCCUGAGUGUUAGCGCUUCCCGUGGGCUGUGGCCAGGCUGCGGGUACAGGCCACAGCAGUAGAGAUUAAGGCUGACAAACGCUGUGCACAAUGCACUGUGGUGCACCUCUAAUUGUCCUGACAUCAGCCUGAACUGAGCUAAUGCCCCGCCUGCCCUCCAGCCUGCACUGCUCAGCCUCUCCUCCUCCCCCAUGGUCCUAAAGCCUCGCCUGCUUACCCUCAUAUUAGCUCAUGUGUUUUAUCUAGCUAAUGUUCUGUGUCAUUUCCACCUGCUUUCUGGUCAUGUUGACAUUUUUUUUCUUUCAUAAACACCAUAAAUCUUUGUUUUAAUAGGAGUAAGUACUCAUCACUGAUGACAUUUUGUUUUAUUUGUGUUAACAAAGGGAUUUGUUCUUACUGAUGGCUUUAUUCUGUCUCCUACACACAUUCAGCUUUCAAGCUAGACUUUCUCAUUCAGAAUUUUGUAGAAUAUGGUUUUCCCUUUCCUUAAAGUGCUAUAUUCUAUUUCAAGAAGUGUUUUUUCCUUAUUAAAAGAAAUCCACACCCUUCAGCUUUGAGUUAGAUUUGAAGGCAGUGUUUGGAACUUCUUAUUUUUAAUAAUGAGUAUCUCACAAAAGCGAGUGAGGGUUUAGUUUUCUAUGGGUUUAUUUUGCAAGAGUCAGUUUCUCUGUUUAUUUUAUAUAUGCCCCCAAGUACUAUAACCUUAGAAUUUAUGUCUGUGGAUGAUUGAAUAUGAUCCAACAAAUAAAACAAGCACAACCUGUUCUGAUUAUGAAAAAUUCUGGACACUGUGCAUAUUGAAAAUCACUUAAAGUGAAGCAUCAAAAUGAGUUUUAGCGAUAUCUCAUUUUCACUGGAGACAGAAGUCAGCUCACAACACUCAUAAAACCCCAAUAUAUCACCUUACACAUGUCAGGAAAUCCAAGAUUUCAAUAUUAUUCUAAGCCAGAAUGAUAUUUCCUAAGAUGUUGGAGAAAUGUAACCUAUCCUUUUUUCUUUUCUAUCCAUCGAAGUACUCUUUGCAAGUCUACUCCCUGCUUAGCUGCACAUAAUCUGUCUGUGUGACACAAACAUGAUAAUUUUUUUCUGCAAGUUUGUCUUUUAUAAACUACUCAUGGCUUAAUGGAAUACAUUUCUAAUGUGUCAUGACAUUAAUAAAAAUUCAGAUUGCAUACUGAAUAUUAUAAUACCUUUGACACAUUCUCAGUUAUAUACUUUACUCCUCUUUUUUUAAGCAUUGUUAAAUUGUCUACACUGUGAAACUCUGCCUCUAUUGCUCUCUGUGUAUGGUUUAAGGCUUUUGUGGAUUAUCUUUCUGCAAUAAUGAGACAAGUGUGGCGGAUGGUUGCAGGCCUAAUAUCCUUUUAAUUUGAUUUGGGUCUCUCCAGGUUCCAGCAAAGAAGUUGGCAUAUUAUUUGAUUUGAUGAGAUUUAUUUUAAGAUACCAUUUCUCACCUUUGUGCUUUUCAGCUACUUUCAGUUCUUUUUUUCUCUCUCUCUACAAUUUGCAUAGUGUUGCCUUAGGAAUAAAUAAGACUCUGAUCACUGUUUUUAAUAUCCAGCAAGCCAUAUGUGAACAGAGCUAAAGAUAUAAGAGCAGCCUAAAUCCAAAGCACAGUCUGAAAAUUAGAUGACAAUUUUUGCUAAUUGCUUUUGAAGAUGUUAUUUUUUUGUAGAUGGUUUAUUUGUUGUACUACACUGAAACUACAACUGUUCUCUUUUAUCACAGAAUGGGUUUUCUUUGUUAAGAAAGCUGAAAUGAUCCUGCCAUGUCACAUUUACCUUAUAUUUUAAAACUUUUUUCUUUAAUCUUUUUUUUUUUUUUCAUUUCGAUUUGUAACUACAGUGUAAAAUUAUUUUAACGUCUCUACACCACAGCAAUGAUUCUUGUCUGGCAUGAUGUUAUUUUUUGUAAUUAAACCAUUAAAGCAAAAGUGAAUAAAACAAA